AUGCAGCGAGAAGAAAAGCAGUUGGAAGUCGCUUUAGACGCAAUCAUUUUGCGUGUAAAUGACCUCAAAUAUGCCAUUGGCUCUAUGGUCGCCAAACUUGAAAACGAAUACGAGACAAUGAACUGGCCUCAGUUUUUGGACAACUUUGCGUUAAUCUCAGGCCAACUUACGGCAUUGUCAAAGAUGUUAGCUCACGACAAGUCUCCGCCUUUACGUAACCUGACGGUGCUGCCACUUCACCUCACACCGGAAAGAGACGAAGAACUGGUUCGAAUGACAGAAGGGAGGAUUCCAGCCUUUUCACACGCUAUUGUACCGGACUAUUUAAGAACUAAACUUGAUCCAGAAAUUGAACACAAAAUGCAUGUGCUGGAACAAAAGGCGGUUGCGAUGACGAUGGAGCAGUAUCAGAAACAAGUGGCGACUUACACCAAAGUUGUAGGACACGUGUGGGAGUUGGUGAGUAAGAUGAGAGAGGAGUGGGAGAGUGAAGGGGGAGCUAGGGGAGCAACUGCGCAGACAUCCUCCAUGGCUGACACACACGCCCUGGUGGCUGCCAUAGCCAUGGGGAAGGGACUCAAGCCCCUGGUGCCCCAGGGUGUUCAGCAGAACGUCCCAGGGGGGAUGAUGGUCGCUCCUGUUGGACCCCCGGGUAGUAUGAACCCCAACCAACCCGGAAUGGGACCCAUGGGUAAAGCCCCCAGUGCAAUCAAGACCAACAUCAAAGCUGGAAACCAAAUGCACCCUUAUGGACGGUAGUGUUUUUACUCAUUUGGUAUGACAAAACAUUAAUUAGGUUAAAAUGGACCAGUUUUAUAUUGUAUACAGGCUGGGAACUAUACCUCAAUUGUAGAACAAAGCAAAUAAUAAUAGUUAAUUAUUUGUUAAAUAGUUAUAUUUUUACUUUUAACAAUAUUUAAUUUUUUUGCAGAUUUUUUGUUUUCCAAUAAUUUGUAUAAUGUUUUGUUAUGGACCUAUUAUUAUCAUGUUAAUACUGUAAUUUUUUUCUUUACCUUUUCUUUAAAAUGUAAAGUAGAAAUGUCAACCUAAUGCUUUUGCUACUGGUAACUGAUAUAAACUGCAGUACAAUACAUUUGUUCUUAUUUACCUAACUUUCACAUGCAAAAAUAAACCUUAUAAAUUUGAUUUAUUGUA